AUGGAGGCCAUGACUUGUAAUGGAUCAGGAGAUGACUCACCUGUCUUCUACCUGGUGGGCAUCCCCUCUCUGCCAGAGUCCUUCUUCCUCUUAGUGUUUUUUGUCUUUCUCCUCUUCUACCUGCUCAUCCUACUGGGCAAUGCCCUGAUCCUGGUGGCUGUGGUGGCACAGCCCAGUCUCCACAAGCCCAUGUACUUCUUUCUGAUCAAUCUCUCAGCCCUGGACAUCCUGUUCACCACAACCACCAUUCCCAAGAUGCUGUCCUUGUUCCUGCUGAGGGACCACUUUCUCAGCUUUCAGUCCUGCCUGUUGCAGAUGUACCUCUUCCAAAGCUUCACAUGCUCUGAAGCCUUCAUCCUGGUGGUCAUGGCCUAUGACCGCUAUGUGGCUAUCUGCCGCCCACUGUACUAUCCUGUCCACAUGACUCCACAAACCAACGCUGCACUGGCAGCCAGCGCCUGGCUCACAGCUUUCUUCUUACCUGUCCCAGCAGUAGUAAAGACCUCUCAGAUGAUGUAUAAUAGCAUUGCCUAUAUCUAUCAUUGCUUCUGUGACCACAUGUCUCUAGUCCAGUCCUCCUGCUCAGACACCACCUCCCAGACCCUUAUGGGCUUCUGUAUCGCUAUGGUGGUGUGCUCCCUUCCUCUUCUGCUGGUGCUUCUCUCCUAUGCCCACAUUCUGGCCUCAGUGCUUCGCAUCAAGUCCCAAGAAGGCCGAUCCAAAGCCUUUUCCACCUGCAGCUCCCACCUCCUGGUGGUAGCCACCUACUAUUCAUCCAUUGGCAUAGCCUAUGUGGCUUACAGGGUUGACCUCCCCCUCGACUUCCACAUCAUGGGCAAUGUAGCAUAUGCUAUCCUCACACCCAUUCUCAAUCCUCUCAUCUAUACCCUGAGAAAUAAAGAUGUCAAGGUAGCCAUCAUCAAAGUCUUAUGUCCCAAGACCUAG